UUGAUUUUGACAGCUAUAUUGUAUUGAUUUCUUCUAGUUAAAUCAGCCCCAUAUCCCUGACAUCCAAAAUUUCUCACCAAAAACUAGUUCUUAGUUAAUUUAAAACUUUGAUCAGAGUUCGUCAUGGCAGCGAAAGUUCAAGAAGCUCAGCAACACUGCAGAGCCGCAGAAAAAUACCUUAAAACAUCAUUUCUCCGAUGGAAGCCAGACUACGAUUCGGCGGCGGACGAAUAUAACCAAGCAGCUCAAUGCUACCGGAUCGCCCGCGACCUCCAGAACUCAAAAGAAUGUCACCUGAAGGCCUCAGAGAACUAUAAUAAGCACAAGGCGUUCUUCCAUGCCGCGAGGGCUCUGGAGAAUGCCAUACUGGUCAGCAAGGAGACCAGUUCUGCUGAGGAGGUGUAUAAUCUAGCUACUGAAGCAGCCAGCCUGUACCAGCAGCAGGGUUCCGGCGACUCCGCCGCUUUAUGCCUAGACAAGGCCGCCAAAAUCAUAGAGGAGCGCUCACCGGAGAUGGCCUACAAACUGUUUGCUCAAGCGGCCGAUGUGUCCUCAGGUGAAAGCAGUCAACACCAGGGAGCAGAAUACAUCGGCAAGGCGUCCAGGAUUCUAGUCAAGUUGCAAUGGUACGACCAAGCUGUGGACAGUCUUCGGAGGGAAAUCGGUUUCCACCAGGAGAGCGGGAACACGGGCGCUAUCGGCCGUCUCACCGUGGCCGUUGUUCUAGUCCAACUAGCCCGUGGCGAUGCCGUAGCGGCAGAGAAAGCGUACAAGGAAUGGGGUAACAACUGCGAAGUGGCCGAGAUGCAAACGAUAGAGCAAUUACUAUCGGCAUACGACGAGGAGGACCGCGAGUCCGCCAAGAGAGCCCUAAUGUCGCCUUUUAUAAGGAGCAUGGACGUGGAGUACGCCAGGCUAGCACAGUUGGUGCCCCUGCCAGAAGCUUUAGAGCCCACGCCCAGCGCUGGGAUCCGUGAGAACGCCGCGCCUUCAUACGUCAGUCCCAACGCCUCCAACUAUGAGCGCGCGUCACCAGAAGGGGACAGUCGGCCCGACAACGCUUCGUGCGGAGCUCCCGCGCAACCACCAGAAGAAGAGGAACUGUGUUAGACACUAACGAUGAACACAUUAGGCCAAUACACCCCAGGCCAAAAGUAUGGAAACAACGUUGUUUUCUUUAAUAUCUCAUGUUUCUAUCUUUGUUGUAUAUAUUUGUAAACUAAGACUUACAUUAGGCAAACCCAAAAGAUUAAAAAUACACGCUUAAUAUCAAAACAUCCUAAAAUAUUGUCAAAAAGCUAAAAAAAAUAAAGUAGGAAAAAGUUACAUAAUUAUACCUACCCUUUAAUUACAUGAUAAAAUAUUGAAUUUGCAACUAUCACAGCCAGAGUAAUUUACUUUUAAAAUGUUCUAUUAUUAUUUUUACCAAAUUGUCAAUGAGUAGUAUAAAAUCCAUCGCUUAAAAGAUCACACUUUUCUAUUGAAAUACAAGCUUGUUUCCAUACUUUUGGCCUGGGGUGUAUUUUUGACGUUCCACAGGUAAAGGUACCUUAUGGCGGUUGGCGCUUAUGUUAUUUUUAACUUAAGAUGCAACGGAUAGUUGUUUGGUCGGAUGGGGUAUAGAAUGGGCGCUCGUCAAGCCAUUUUUUUAAUUGGCGCUUAAAACUAAUUACAUUGAGAGCUUCGACGAUAUUUCUGGGCAGUUUAUUAUAAACACUUUUCCCCAUUACAUGGGUGAGCUUAUUUGAUUUCAUAAGUUUGCUACCUACACUAACUAAUUUGUCGGCAUUCCUAGUGUUAAAUUUAUCAUUCCAUUAGUUUUGUAGUUCGAUAUAAUGGCGCUUACGUACAUAGCUACUUGCAUAAGCAUAAUUCAAGGCAGUGUGAGUAUGCCUAAAGUCUGUCUUUUUAUUCCGUAGACUAAAAUGACAUUUCAUGUGUUGCUAGUUUUUUACGUCUUAUCAAAGAUAGAUAUAACUCCGUAAUAGAUGGAUACAGUCUAAGGAAAAAAAGUGCCUCGAAAAUCACGAAAAUUUGAUUCUCGAUCAGAUGGCGCCACUAGUUUUGGCCUACACUCGUAUAGAGGGCGUUGACUGUUUCGUUUGUUAUUUAUAAUUUUAACGCAUACCAGUGAAAAAACAUGGGUCAAAAUCAUAUAAAAAUAAUUAAUGCAAAUAAAAAAAUCAUUUAUCCAUAUUUAAAUACAUUUUAUCGUAUUUUUAUAAAUAUUUAUUUUUAGUUUUAAAGUGUGUCAACAGAUGGCAGUGAAUUUACUGGGGUUACAAAAUUUACUAUGACAGUACCGCUCUAGUAUAAGUUACUCUGGUCUUAUAAAUAGUGAUGUGCUACAACCGGUACUAACCGAAAAUAAACUAUUGGGAGGUACUUAUAUUUGUUGAUGAAGACGAGAUAAAACGCACUGAAUACAUCCGAUCACUAUACAAGUAAAGUAACGAAUGUCGAAUACGUAAACCCAAAAAUACCAAAAUGGCGUUGCGUCAGGUCGGCGAUACGUCAAUGUCAUUUUUUGAAUGUUUGAGUAGAUUAGUAGUGAGUAGAUUUAAUUUAUUGUUUAUUUCCUAUCAUGUAGCGAGUAGAUUUCAUUUGUUGAUUAUUUUGAAUCUAAAAUUAAUUUAAUAUUUAUCGGUUAUUCACAAACCGCAAUCAAAGAUCAGCACUGUUUGUUUUAAGCUGGUCACAUUAUUUCUACGUUUGACAUUUGUGGUUGUCAUUUUAGUCUACGGAAUUAAAAAAAAUACAGACUAUAAUUUCUUAAACAAUUCCUUUGCUGACUUAUCUGGAGGUACCCGUGCGAUACACCUAACUGCAUUACCUGUGGAACUUCACAAUUUGUGAUUAUAAAAACCGGACAAGUGCGAGUCGGACUCGCCCACCGAGGGUUCCGUACUUUUUAGUAUUCGUUGUUAUACAUCAUCUGUGAAAAUGUCAACUGUCUAGCUAUCACGGUUCAUAAGAUACAGCCUGGUGACAGACAGCGGAGUCUUAGUAAUAGGGUCCCGUUUUUACCCUUUGGGUACGGAGCCCUAAAAAGAGGCACCAGCCCAGUUAUAAUUACGUUUGUUUGUGCGAACUCAAUAAAUAUUUUUAUAUUUAUUAUUUAUUUAUAGAAAAAAACACUUGUGACCGUACCCCGGGGUUUUAGGUGCGGGAAUUUCGUGUAUUUAAUUUAAGGUCAAUAUCAAACGGUGUCGCCAUCUAUUCGAGCAUAUUUUUUUCUUGAUUUUCCUUGGCACGUUUGAAUCUAAACUUUACUUAAUCUUAUUAGUUACAAAUAUUAUAUCUUUGGUAAUUAGUAUCUCUUUUUAUAGUUUUUAACUAUUAUUUGUCUGGUGUAAAACAUUCCCGCACCCAAAAAACCGGGGUAUGCUUAUGCUUAUGACAAACAAACCGUACAGACAAUCAUAUCAUAGGCAAAUAGUCUGACCAAGAUAACUCUGCAUGGCAUAUGCAAUAACAAAGUAUGGCAUUUCUUCAUUUAAUGUCAUAUUCGUAUGAAAUUAUGACGUUUGUGACACCUUCACUAUGUUCUUAGUCGGUGCAAAAGUUAGCUUCAC